AUGCAUUCAGCGAACCACUGGGGUGGCUCAUUUGAGAUCCAAGUAGACCCAAUCACAGAAGAAGGGCAGAGCCGAAACAUGGAGGAGGACCGAGCAAUGCUCCUCAGGCAGCAACUGGAUGAGACUCAGCAGGGUUGGCUUCUAGGUCCUCAAGACAAAAAGAAGAAAGAUAAAUUUGUCGAUUUGGGCUGUAUCAUUUGCAAGCGAAAGGUCUUUAAAUGGGUGGUUUUGUCUCUAUUAGCAGGAUUUUUGCUUAUUGGCAUUCCGAUAGUUAUUGUUAGACAUUUACCGAAUCACACCGAGCCAAUGCCACCUCCGGAUGCGUACACGGUUGCACUGCACAAGGCUCUUCGAUUCUUUAAUGGACAAAAAUCCGGCCGCUUACCAAAGAGCAACGGUAUCUCUUGGCGUGGAGACUCUGGCCUUCGUGAUGGAUCAAGACUGUCAGAUGUCAAAGGAGGGCUAGUUGGUGGAUAUUAUGAUGCGGGAGAUAACAUAAAAUUUCAUUUCCCUAUGGCAUUUUCUAUGACACUACUAAGCUGGUCGGUUAUAGAAUACGGUCACAAAUACAAGGCUAUUGGAGAAUAUGACCAUAUUCUGGAUAUUAUCAAAUGGGGCACAGAUUAUUUGCUUCGGACCUUUAAUUCUUCUGCGACCACCAUCAACAAAAUCUACAGUCAGGUGGGAUACGCAAGAAAAGGCUCAACCUCUCCAGAUGACGAGCACUACUGCUGGCAAAGACCAGAAGACAUAAACUAUCACCGAGAAGUACUAUUUUCAACAUCCGCUCCUGAUUUAGGAUCCGAGGUAGCAGCAGCACUAGCUGCAGCUUCAAUUGUAUUCCAUCACGAGAAGACUUACUCUAAAAAACUCGUCAAAGCAGCAACAACUGCCUUCAAAUUUGCUACAGCUCCGUCACAAAGAUCACCUUACUCAUCUGGGAAUGAUUUAAUAGCACCAUUCUAUAAUUCCUCUGGAUUCUGGGAUGAGUUCAUUUGGGGUGCUGCUUGGAUGUACUAUGCAACAGGAAACUAUAGUUAUAUCUCAUUUGCAACUAAUCCGGAGUUGCCUAAUAAUGCCAAUGCCUUUUCGAAUAGUCUCGAUUUGAGCGUGUUUAGUUGGGAUAAUAAGCUUCCAGCUGCUGAACUGCUCUUGUCAAGGUUUAGGAUUUUCUUGAACCCUGGAUAUCCUUAUGAGGACAUACUUAAAAGAUAUCAUGCUACUUCUGAUCAGAAUAUGUGUUUUCUUCUUAAGCAGUUUCAGUUCUUCAAAUGGACUAAAGGUGGAUUGAUUCUGUUAAAUCAUGGGCGACCUCAACCAUUACAAUAUGCAGUGAAAGCAGCAUUUCUUGCAUCCUUGUACGCAGACUACAUGAACGAAAGUAACAUCCCGGGUUGGUACUGUGGAUCCAAGUUCAUCUCCUCAAGCGCCCUUACGCAUUUCGCCACCUCGCAGGUUAACUAUAUCUUGGGUAAAAACCCGAAAAAUAUGAGUUAUGUCGUCGGAUACGGGCAUAAAUAUCCAAGACAUGUGCACCAUCGUGCAGCAUCAAUCCCUCACAAUCAUAAGAGGUAUACAUGCACAGGAGGGUGGAAAUGGCGAGAUGCGAAACCAGGAAACCCUAAUACCAUUACCGGAGCAAUGGUUGGUGGGCCUGAUAGGUUUGAUCACUUUUUGGAUGUACGAAAGAAUCAUAAUUAUAGCGAACCAACUUUGGUUGCAAAUGCAGGCCUUGUUGCUGCGCUUGUUGCUCUGACAGGCAGUGGGGGGCAAGGGAUUGACAGGAAUACUAUGUUUUCAACUGUGCAAGCUCUUUUCCCGCCUCCACAUCCUCCUCCAUCAUCAUGGAUCCAUCCAUGAUGCUGUAGCAACGAAUUUAUAACAUAUUUUUGGCAGAAAUUCUUUUUUUUUUCAUGCUAUAAAUAUAGAUACAAAUGUCUCUGAUAGUAAAGGAAGAGUACCAUAAAUUCGAGCAAACUUUUCUAUUAUACAAAACAACUUAUAUGGAAAUAU